AUCAAUGGUUGGAACUUAACACUCGCCUGCGCAGCCAGGAACGUGGUAAAGCCGCGUGAAACGGAAGAAAACAACAUUGUUCGUCUGUUGAGAGUUUAGUUAGACAAAGGCAACUAUUUCAAGUUACAAAUAAGGAUUUAAAGUAAUGUAUUUUUAGUGCAGCCUGACAAUUAGAUCAAGAAGAUGACACAAUAUCUACCCCCAAAUUUACUAGCCCUAUUUGCGGCGAGAGAUCCAUUGCCGUAUCUUCCACCAGCCGACAAGCUUCCUCACGAGAAGAAGAGGGUACCGUACCAAGGAGUUUCUUCCUUUUUAGACGGGUUUGAGGAUCCCAAAGAUACUCCACCACCCACUAGGGUAGAAACAAGAGAUGAAAGGAAAGAAAGAAAGAGAAAAGAAAGACAAGAGCAGCAUGCAUACAAGUUGGAGCAAGAUUUAGCUUUGUGGGACCCUGGCAGUAAUGCAAGUUGUACUAUGGACCCAUUUAAGACACUUUUUGUGGCCAGAAUUAACUUUGAUACAAGUGAAUCAAAACUUCGAAGAGAAUUUGAAGUCUUUGGACCCGUAAAAAAGAUCUGUCUCAUUAAUGAUCGCAACUCAGGCAAACCAAGGGGAUAUGCAUUUAUUGAGUAUGAACAUGAGAGGGAUAUGCACUCGGCAUACAAGCAUGCAGAUGGUAAAAAAAUUGAUGGUAGAAGAGUAUUGGUUGAUGUGGAGAGGGGACGUACAGUUAAAGGAUGGAGACCUAGAAGAUUAGGUGGUGGACUUGGUGGCACACGCAAGGGUGGCCCAGAUGAAAAUACAAGAUUUUCUGGCAGAGAUGAAUUUGGUGCUGGUGCUGGUAGUGAAAGAGGAGGAUUCCGCAAUGCAGUUGAAGAUGAACGUGGUGUCGGCGGCGGUGGUGGUGGUGGCAGACGAGUUGAGCGAUCGAGAAGCCGUGAAAGGAGACGUAGAAGUAGGAGCAAAGAACGUCCUCGGCGGAGCAGGAGCAGGGAGAGAAUCCGACGCUCUCGUAGCAGGGAAAGGAAACGUAGUCGUGAACCAAGACCAGAAGCUGAGGUUAUUCCUGAUGAAGAGGAAGGUGCAGUUGCACGUAGAGAAAAGAAAAGAAGCAGACGAAGUCGUUCACGUGACAGAGACCGUGAAAGGCGCAGAAGUAGAUCCAGAGACAGAAAACGAAGCAAACGAUCCCGGUCAAAGGAACGCAAGUUUAAGAUCAAAGAAGAAGAACAACAGCAAGGCCAGUGGGUGGGUGGAGAUGAGGAUGGAUUGAAUGGUAACCAAGAGGUGAAUGAAGAAGGUUUUCCUGAAAGUAUUCGUGUCAAAGAAGAGAAAGCAGAUGCCUAUGUUGGUUAUGGUGGAGAUGGACAACAAAGAAUUGAUGAUGAGGAAGAAUUUGAAGAAGGCGAGGCUCAGUGAUAACUCAAGCUUUUUAAAAGUUUUUAUCCAUUCAAUGUAGAAAGCCCUUUUAAUCUUCCCUCUCUUCACUUAGUGACUGGUAUCUGAUUAGGUCUUUUUUAAAGAAACAAUAGGCUGUUGAGCAGAUAUCCAUUAUUUUCUUUAAUUUUCAAAGAAGCUUACAACUCUCACUGUUGUGUUUGAUGGUCCUAGCAGUUUUUAAAAUUAUUUCAUGUAUCAUUUGUUUUAAUUUGUUUUGACGAUCAGUUGAUGUACUCACAUGAAAUGUUCUGAUUUGUGGUGACAAUUUGAAUAUUUCAUUUAAGUGAGCCAAUAGCUCAAAAUAUAUUUUUUAAAUAACAUUAGUGAAUAAAGAGUAGGUAAGUAUCAAUUUCUGUAACUUUUCCAAUUUACUCCUGAAAGAUGCUCUGUUACUUGAUUGCAAGUUUUUAAGUUCUGUAUAAUAGUAGGCUCAAUGUUAUUUUAGGUGGACAAUAAAACAUUUGUAAUAAGAA